AUGGCGAAGCAGAGUACAACCACCAAAUCUGCGAAGAGGUACAGGUACUCUUCGUUUAAAGACAAGAUCGAUGACCUUAAGAUAGAACCUGCCAAAAACUUGAGUAAACGCGCUCACGACUAUGUUGAGUCUUCUCACUUUCUAUCUUCUUUCGAACAUUGGAAGGAGUUCAAUAUGAGCGCUGAUUUCACUGAAUUUGCGCAAGAGGUGGUUAAUCUUGUUCAAACAUUGCCGCAAAUCCUCUACCAUGACGACAAAAUAUAUGAUAUUCUCUCAAAGCAUAUCGGGAAGCAUGAUGAUAAAUCCCUGCAGCCUCUUCUAGAGUUGUUAUCCCAAUUUUGCCAUGACUUAGGGCCUGACUUUUUGAAGUUCUAUGAAAGGACAUUGCUGUUACUAAUUAACCUGCUUGAUGAAUCUAUCAAAUUUGAGAACUCCGAUGUGUUCGAGUGGGGCUUUAACUGCCUUGCAUAUAUCUUCAAGUAUCUUUCACGGCAGCUCACUCAAGACUUGAUACCGACGUUUACUAUGCUGUUCCCACUUUUAUCUCAUAAAAAAGAGUAUAUGUCCAGAUUUGCAGCAGAAGCGCUAUCGUUCUUGAUUCGGAAGUCUUCUCCAAAGAAUUUGCUCCCUUUUGUUCAUAAUUCAUGUAAGACAUUGAACCAGUUGGAAAAUAAUAAUCUCUACGAUGGUUUACAUUCCCUAUUCAGCGAAGCCCUCAAAAGUACAUCUGACACAUUGUAUUCGAAAUCCAAUGCAAUUGUUAGUGUUCUCUUACAAGUUGCAUUAGACAAGGACCAGUCGUUAGUGGCAGUUACUCUAUUCUGUGACAUUAUGAUGGAUGCUCUUAGACAUGCAUCUGCAGAAAAUGCAGCUCCUCUUUACCAACUUAUAAUUGAAAAGCUGGACGAAUUUUUAAGCCAGAAGCAAGAGGGAGAUGAUCUAGACAAAGUUAUUAAAAUUUUGGCUGUCGUUACCUUCGCAGAAAGUGGUAAAAAGGUUAACAAUUGGGAAGCUCUCUCAAGCUGCUUACAGGGAGCAUUGCAUCACCCAAGAAGUGAGUCUAUAUCCCCAGAGACGUUAGCAUUUUGUUUUUCUGUAAUCCUUCGAAACGCCGAUCUCAAGACUGUCACCUCUCUGCACAGGACAAUGUUUGAGUUUUAUAUGGAGAAUUACCCCUCAUUUUUCUUGGAGUUCGUGAAGACAGUCAUUGAUAUGGACAAGGGCAGAUUUUCAUCAUUCAACUGCUCUCGUUUUAUAGGGCAGUUUAUCAAAUCGCACUGGAAGGAACAUCAGAAGAAAAUUGCUCUGUUGUUACUUGAUCUCGAGUCAAAACCGGAACUUUCAUCCACUUUAAACUUCACAAUCCCGGAAGAGUUUGUUACGUCGCUGACUUCAGAUUUGCAAUCUUUGGAUGCAUUGGCCGCUGAAGAUAACAUUUUUGAACUCUACUGGAGGAAUAUUAUAUUAAAAAGAUGUGAUACUGAUAAUACUGCGGUUAUUGUGCCUAAUUUAAAAACUCUAUUAGAGUUUCCCAAGCCAAAUGACUUUGUUAAAGAUCUAAUUGGUGAUUUACUAAUGGGGCUUUCAUUGUCCAGUCAAGACACCCUCCAACCAAUAUGCUUACAAAUAGCCGAGAAUUUUGAGUUAUAUCGUGACAGCACACUGUUCAUUCAGGGUUAUACGAGGGUAAUACAGAGCGAAGGACUAGAUGCUCAUGAAACGAGAGAACAGCUAUUGCACAAGAUUACUGAUAACUUUAUUUUGCCAGAUAGAAACUUACGGUACCAUUCGAUGAUGCUUCUUAUUAAGAUACUCGAGAAAAGUGGGCAGGAUGUCCCUCAGCUUUUCAGAGACCUAUUAAUCAUCGAUGAUAUCCCCCUAACUCUAACUAACGGUCGUGAUAUAACUUUACGUGUUCGGAAGCUAGGCGCUGACUAUUCGAUUACAGAAGGAACCCCUCUGCUUAAUAAUGGGUUCUUCAAGUAUAUUUUUGGGCUGCUAACCGUUCGUUUCUCGCCUUUAUGGGAUGGAAUUAAUGAGAUUUUGCCCAACAUAUAUGGUAAAGCGCAGCGUUUGGUAUGGGAUCUUGUUCUUCAUUUGAUUAAUGCCCUAGAUAACCCUCAUACUCUGCAAUAUAUCGAGGCACCUGUUUCAGAGCCUUUUGCGGAGUCAUUUUGGACUGUGAGCACCACUCGUCUUAACGAUGUACUUCAAUCUGCUUCGGACGUAUUCAAUAUGUAUGUUGCUCUCGAUACAUCAUUGAUUGAUACCUUUAAAGGGCGUCGCGGUUCACUCGGAUAUCCCGGUAUGAUUAGAAACCAAGCAUUGAAGAUAUUAAUCGCGCUGCCACAGCUCGCGGAGCAAAAUAGCAGAUUCAUUGUACCUUUUGUCUUAAAACGCAAUGAUCAAUUCGAUGCCAACCAAGAUGAAGACCAUCUGGGUGAGUUAGCAGUGCACUCUGCGGAUACAUGGUCUGAGACGGAUAGGAAUCUAAUUUUGAAAUUAUUGGGCAAGUUCAAGAAUAUCAAAGCUAUUUACAAAUCCGAAGAUGUCCGCCAAAGGUUGAUGGAAUUAUUGGGUAGUCGAACGCUGGAAGUGCAGAAACUGGCCCUAGAUGCGUUGUUAGCAUACAAGGAUCCAGUAGCUGUGAAAUAUAGGGACAAUCUGAAGAACUUAUUAGAUGACACGUUAUUCAACGACGAAGUAACAAAGUUAUUUGCUCAGAAUGAGUCAAGGGUUAUUGUCAACACUGAUGAAAGAUUAUUAAUGCCCUUCAUUUUGCGUAUUUUAUUUGGCCGUGUUCAGACACCUAAUACCAGUGGGAUCAAAAAGACAAGAAAAACUGCGGUCAUAACUGUCCUGCCAAAUUUAGGUGAGAAGAAUAUUACUGACUUCUUGGCUCUGGGUAGUAAUGGUAUCAACUACCAGUACUUCUUUGAAGAGAAUGCGGUUAUUCCUGACAGUGAGCUUACAGCGAUAAAUUUUAGGAGAAUGCUUGGCUUCAUAAAUGUCCUAAGUGCCUCGUUGAAUGUUUUAGGUUCCAAUUUCCCGGAGGCGGUCAAGACAACUAUUAAACCUCUCGUUUACGCAAUUCACAUGUCAGGUCGUACUGGACAGAAUAAAGAAUUGCAGGGUUCUAUUGAUAGUCUUACUGCAUCAGUCCGGCAACAGGGAAUGAAAUGUUUGUUCCAAUUGUUCGGGUGUAUUGGUGAGGUAAUUGAUUGGGAUGAAUAUCUUCCAAUCAUACAUGAUCACGUUAUACAGCCCCGCGUCGCUAACUUCGAGCACGAAAAUCUACAAAGUCCAUCUUCUAUUAUGAAGCUCAUCUGCUAUUGGUCAACUUCCAAAUCAUUUUACCCAUUCCUGUACUACGCCGAUUAUUCUGCUGCCCGUGCAUUGAUGGCUCUCUUCUCAAAUGAGCAUGCUAAGGAAUCAGUGCUUCAUGUCCUAUUAGAUUGUUUUACUAAGAUUAUUAAGCAACCUACGACAGAAGACAGUUAUAUCGAUCUAGCAUCGCUAGUUGCGGCAACAUCGUUACAAGUUCUUCCAUCAUUGCUGUUGCGUUUGGUGGAACCAGACGGCAUCUCGUUGGCUAUAGACCUUCUGUUGAAUAUAACUGAAGCGGGUUAUGUACAGGAUAAUGACACUACCAAAUUGCUAGUGGAAGCAUUGACGUCUGCUGUCGAGAAGGAUUUGAACGGCAUAAAGCCCGCAGAUAAAGUUAAGGUAUUCGCGUGUCUUUCUGCACUCCUUUCAAGUUAUGUUUGCCAGUGGAAUGAUCUUGAAAGACUGUACGUUGCUUGUUCAAAAAUGUAUCGUACACUCCGUGAUCGCAAGCAGAGAGAAUCGCUAAAUACCGUUUUUUCAAGCAUGGGAAAGAGAUUUGAACAUAUUCAACCGGUGGCGAAACUAUUAUGUGACCUAAAUUCUUACUCCACAUCCCGCAUGCAAGAAUAUGAUUUCGAGACAAUUCUCAGCGCAUUCAAAGUAUUCACUGAAGAGACCUAUCAGCAAUUUAACGAACAACACUGGCUCCCAAUCCUCUACACUUGCUUGUAUUUUAUUAAUGAUAAAGAGGAGCUUGCGUUAAGGACAAACUCGACACAUGCAUUAACAAAAUUUAUAGACUAUGCCAACGAAAACCCAUCAGCAGAACAAGCUACGGCGGCAAUCUCACUAAUCAAGGACGUGCUUCUACCAAACUUGAAACUGGGUUUAAGGUCGGCCAGUGAUGAAAUUCAAGCAGAGUAUAUUACUCUGUUAGCUUACAUUGUAACAAACUCCAGAUACUUCACAGACUUUGAAGAUAUGAAGGUCCUUCUGUUUAAUAACGACGAAGAAGCCAAUUUUUUUAUCAAUAUCCGCCAUAUACAGCUGCAUCGGCGUCAAAGAGCAAUUAAAAGAUUAGGUGAAGCCUCGGAUAAGCUCAAUGAGAAUAGCAUCUCUCAUUAUCUACUUCCUAUGAUUGAACGUUAUAUUUUUGUGGAAGACGAAAAAUACAGGAACCUCUGUAAUGAGACUAUUGCUACAAUUGGAAUACUGUCUAACUAUUCAAGUUGGAACCAGUAUAAGGCCAUUUUGAGAAGAUAUAUUUCUAUGAUGAAACAAAAACCGAAUCACCUGAAGGAAAUCGUUAAUGUUAUUGUGGCAGUAACACGCUCUUUCAAAAAUACUUUGGAGUGCAUUCGUUCUUCUAAUUCAUCUAUACCAUGCAUUAGAAACUUCCCCUCGAAAGCGGAUGAGCCAAACGCCUAUGUGGAAAAUGAAAUAUAUCCUAUCCUGCACAAAAUUCUAAGCACCAGAGAUGACGAAACCAUUAUACAGCGUAUUCCGUUGGCUCAUUCGCUCAUAAAUCUUGUGCUAGGCCUGCCAAAUGAACGAAUUGUUUCGUUAUUACCUGGAAUUUUGACUAGUUUAUGCCAAGUAUUGCGGAGCAGGUCUGAAGAAUUACGCGAUGUUGUGAGGAAAAACCUAGGUAAUAUCGCAGUGGUCCUAGGCCCGGAGUAUUUGACGUUUGUUAUACAGGAAUUGAAAUCUGCGUUAGCAAGAGGAUCCCAAAUCCAUAUUCUAAGUUAUUCUCUGCACCAUGUUCUAGUUUCCAUGUCAGAAGCGUUGGGACAUGGUGACUUGGAUGAUUGUGCUUCAAUGAUAAUCGAUAUCGUGAUGGAAGAUACGUUUGGUGCUGCUGGUCAAGAGAAAGAUGCUGAGGGUUACACUUCAAAGAUCAAGGAGGUUAAAUUUAACAAAAGUUAUGAUACUAGUGAGCUUCUAGCAGCUAACAUAAAUCUUCCUGUGUUUGGCACGCUAUUGCGCCCUGUUAAAGCCCUUUUGUUGGAGCGGAUUGGAAUUAAAACACAAAGGAAGUUAGAUGAAGUUUUGAGAAGGUAUUCACUUGGUCUGGGUCACAACUCGCAGGCUUCAUCGCCAGAUGUACUAAAAAUGUGCCAUGAAAUAUAUACUCUUUCUCAGGUCUUCUCACCUGGUAGUGCGAAGCAAAGAAAGGAGUACAAUGAAAAGGAAGAUUUCUUUUUAAUUCGAUUGGAUGCAAAACGGGUAGACGUCCAAGUGGAAUGCUCUCACUAUAUUGAGACUUUACAGAAGCUCUCUCUUGAUCUACUGAGAGUAGCAAUUUCAAGGAAUCGUAAUCUGUUAGAUACCACAUACCUGGAGGGCUUUAUACCAAUUUUGAAAGAGUCUUUGCUUUCUGAUAACGAUGGUGUCGUAAUUAGUACUCUAAAGGUAUUAAUGUUGUUUAUCAAGUUACAGUUCUCUGAAGACUCAGAAGCCAUAUUCAAAAACUGUGCACGGAAAGUUUUGACCAUUAUUAAAGACUCGCCAUCAACUUCUGGUGAACUUUGUCAAGUCGGUCUGAAGUUUUUAUCUGCGCUUAUCCGCUAUAAAGACAUUGAAUUAAAGGAUUCUGCGCUCGAAUAUGUUUUGGGUCGGAUUGAACCAGAUUUGAUGGAGCCCAAUAAGCAAGGUCUGGCUUUUGGAUUUUUGAAAUCCUUGGUUUCCAAACAUAUUGUUCUUCCGAAGCUGUACGAUAUUAUUGAUAACGUUGCAGAAGUCAUGGUCACGAAUCAUGCUAAGGAAAUCAGGGAUGUUGCCAGGAGUGUCUAUUACCAGUUCUUCAUGGAAUAUGAUCAAAGUAAAGGCAGGCUGGAAAAACAAUUGAAAUUUUUAGUCAACAAUUUGCAGUAUCCAUCUCAAGAAGGUCGUCAAUCUGUUAUGGAAUUGCUUAACCUUCUGAUCAACAAAUCUGGGCCCGCUUUACUAAUGAAACUUUCAUCCUCAUUCUUCGUGUUCCUAGCAAACGUAUCAGUAAAUGACGACUCUCCUAAAUGCAGGAAGAUGGCUAGUCUGCUACUAACUAACUUGUUCAAGAACUUGGGCCAGGAGAACAUGGGUACCAUUGAAAAAUACAUCCAAGCCUGGCUAAAACAGGUGGAUAACGUUCUCUUUGUAAGCUUGGGGAUGAAAAUCUAUAAGAUCUACCUAUUGGAACUAGGACUCGGUUGCAAUGCGUCGCUUGAUGGUGUUGCUUUAGCGCGCAUCAAAGCAGUACUUUCUGAUACUGAGGUCGGAUCUGACUCACUAUGGGACAUGGUAUACACUGCUCUGGAAACUUUUGCUGUCUUUGCACAAAAAUCGGGAGAUGAAGUUUACUCUCCUGCAUAUAAGCCAACAUGGGACAGCAUUGUCGCCUGCUUGUUAUAUCCGCACGAGUGGGUGAGAUUAUCGGCCUCGCGGUUGAUUAAUGUACUACUAGCAAACAUGGAGAGGUUAGAAGUUCCGCUAAGUGAUUAUGAAAUCCAAACGAUUGCGUACAGAACUUUCCAUCUCCUAGCAGCGCCUUCAUCCUCGGCCAAUGUCGGUUCUAAGGAAGUCUCGGUGAAGGUACUGGUCAACAUUGCCCAGUAUUGGAAUAAGCAUUCUACACCAUAUAUCUCUAAGAAUAAUGAAGAUGAGGUGAGAUACUCCACUGCUAUGGAAUUCGCUAUAUCUAGAAUAAGCGCUAUUCUCAGAAACGAGGAAAACAAGAGUGAAUCACACGCUUCUAAAAUGUCUGCUAUCCAGCUUCUCGCUAUGUUGAUCCAGAUUCUCGACGCGGCACAGCUCGCUCAAUAUGGCGAAGCUAUUAUUUUGGCAGUAUACACUUAUGUUGAGAAUAACUCGGGCAUUGAUAUAAGUGAACAGUUCGCUGAGCUUCAGCAAAUGUCCCAAGAAGCCCUAAACAUGUUAGAAGAGAAGCUUUCGACGUCUGACUUUACAAGAGCAUACACUGCAGCAAAACAGGUUGUUAUCAAGAGGCGCCAAGAACGGAGGGCCAAACGAGCACAAUUAGCUGUAACAGCGCCGGCUAUUGCCGCUGAAAAAAAAUUGAAGAAGCAUGCACGGUCGAGAGAAAAGAGAAAGCACGAGAAAGACGAGAACGGGUUUUACCAGCGUAAAAACAAGAAGAAGAGGACCAUAUGA